GGAAUUUAGUAGCGGGAAAAUAAUACCAGCUGAUAAGGUUAAAACAUGCGGAAUGCUCUUGACAAUGGAAAGAUUAUUUGAAUAAUUUGCGACUGUUCAUCGUUCGAUGCGAACAACGGUAGUUGGAAACGUCACGUAGCCACCUUAAUGAAACAGCAAUGCGUAAUGCGCAUGUGCAUUACAACAAAUCUAUUUAUAAAUGGCCGGUGCGUAGGGGCAGAAUUUGCAUUUUAUUUCAAUUUUAAUUUCAAAUUUCUUCCUCGAAAUUAUAACUUCUACGUGGCUAAGCUCCAAUGGUUCUGCGCCAUUUGCAAUAAAGGCUUUCUCCUUUGGUAUGAAAUACUGUUUACUUUAAAACAUCGUGAAUAUGUUUUGUUCGAAGUUUGCAUUGUUGGCACCUGUUGUGCUACUUUUGCUGAGUUUGAAAGCCGACGGUAAGAGAAAAGGACUCUAUCUAAAAGCUCUAGCUAGACGUUAUCUAACCUAUCUUCUUAUACAAUACAGUCUGUGAGCUGGGCCUAAUAUUUCACACUUUUAGACAAGUUUUAAUUUAAUUUAUGGCAGUUUAUUUUUAACUUUGCUUAGCAACUUAGCUUCAAAAUAAUAUUUACUUGAAGAGUUAGUGGAUAGAAACGAUAUUAUACACGAAUUUGUUGUUAUUCUUGCUUUUAUUAAACAAAAGCGUUUGAUUCGCUUCACUUGUGUUAGAAUACAAUUUUGGUGGACAUGUUUGUGUUUGAAUUGUUUGAACAUAAUAAAGUGUUUUAUAUUGUUGCCAUAUGUAUUUGAUGUUUUAUGUAAUAUAUCUUGGAAGUUGCUCUAUAUAUAGUUUUGAUAAUUGCCAAAAUUCGUAUUCUAAAUUGUUUUUGUUCAACCUUGUAACAGUUGUUCUGGAACGAUAAUUACGAGUGUUAACGAGAAAAAACAUGCGUAACCUUCAAUGACGCAUAAAAUUCAGCUGUUUACACGCCACAUUUUUAAAACUAUGAAGUAGACAUCAUAUAAUAGCGCUUUCCUCAUUAAUAUUUGUUGUAACCUGAAACUAGCCUCGGGAAAUUGCAAUGUGUUGGGACGAAAUAAUGGGAAGGCAAACGAAAGCUAUAGUUUCAACUUUCAUGUUAAUUUUUUUGGCAUGCACCUUCGGAAAUCGUGACUAGUAAACAUUGUUUGUGUCGACUGCGAGCGGUCCCUCGGGGUGGGGGGGGUGGGGGGUGAUGACAACACAUUAAGAAACAAAUUAUGCAUUGCCAACACAUUUGUACCAUCGGUCGAAAUCGAUAUGUUGCUCAAUCGGAUCUGAUACGUAAUAAUUGUGCUAUAAAUUCCAAACUUGAAUGAUGAUUUUAUAAAUAAACAUGACAUCACUUAAAUGAGCGGUUCCUGUUGGAUAUAUUUAAUUGGAUACAUCUGAUGUUUACGCAAAGGCAGAGCCAACUUGGCAAGUGUGAGAGGUGGGCAUAUUUUGUUUCGUGAAUCGUGAUGUGUUGUCAGCAGAUCCUCCUUUCCUCUUGCACAGCCGGGAAUCUGCUCGCAUUCCAUUGUUCCUUAGAGCAAUGUUUCCUUCGUUCCUCCUAAAUCUAUACUUACAUUUACUCAUGAGCCAGAAAACAGAUGUUAACAUAUGCAUAAUAACAAAUUUGUCUACUGUAGCGGAAAUAGUAAAACCAGCUACCAACAUUACGGUCACCACGAAUGCAGCAACAACUGUAGCGACAACUGCAGCGACAACUGGUGCCACUGGUAUCCAAGCCAAUGUAUCAACAACACAUCCAUCAACAGUGUCGACAUCUCCUAAAUAUGUUGCACCUCAUUUUGGUGGAACGUUGAAACGUCUUGUUUACGUGGUAAGUAUCAAUAUAUUUUAUACCAGUUGGAGAUCUUACGUUUUGCCAUGCAAGGAGAGAAACAUAUGCUAUUAUAACAUGCCAUCAAAUGCACCACACUAGCAUGCAAUAUUUUGUUUUCUUUAAUUCUAUAAUAUAUUUAUUUAUAAUUUUCAGACGUUAGUUGUGUCUGCGGUUAUCGGUUUCUACUUUUUGGUGAAAUUUUGUCGAGCAGGAAGACGCAAACCCAGAAAGUAAGUUGUAAUGUGUUCACCAUGAACCCUUUUAACCCUUACCUUACAUUAACCUGCCAAGUUGCAUUGCUCCCCUACUUGCGACAAACUUAUUGUUUCGAUACAAAAAUACACCCAGAAGAAGUAUGUGAAUUUAUCAAUUUAUUUUCAGUCUACACAUGCUCACCUGUACGUUUCAGUAUGGUACAGGCGAGGUGGAAAAUGGCCUUUAAAUUUUGUCUGAAUGUCCAAUGCAAAGGUAUUAAUUCUGUCAUUGACUGCGACAUUUGCAUUAUUAAGAUAUGGUGUUGUAAAGACACCAGGUGACAUGGAAAUGAGGCCAUUGGAAAGUGAUGAUGACGAUGACGAUGAAGAUGUCACAAUGUUCAACAGAAAAAACUGAAGUCCAAGACUACAAGAUGUAAAUAUAUGAUUCUGAAAAUGAUCUAGUUUACUACACUGUUGAAAUUUCAUGCUGAACGCAAUGACUAUUGCUAAAGCACAAUCAAAAGUUUAAAAUUAGAUGUUAGAAAAGUUUGGAGCUUUAUUUUCAUAAAUUUCUAAAACUCUUAUAACACAUUCAUCAGGCCCAUUUUAGAUGCACUGCAAUUAUAUUUGAGAACUUGUUCCCCAUCAGGAUCCUUGUUCCAUACCUUGUUUUGGGCCUGGGAUUUGUGAUUGUUCAAUGUAUUUGUGCUUUAGUUGUAUUUAAUGUACUGUUAAGUAGUUGUUUAAUUUAUUCUGCAUACAUACUUGACAUUAGCAAGCUUUUAAAAGCCACACUUUUGUCAACACGGACGUCAGAUUGCCGAGGGUGGAGUGGAUUAAAAACUGUGUUUGUAUCAGUUUGUAGUAAUCUUCAACACAUGUGACAAAACAAAUGCAAAUUAAAUGCUGUCAACUUUAGCCUGCGAACAGGCUCUCAAGCUGAAUUGAGAGCCUGCAUCGAUGACUAAUAAAUUUGAAUAUCUGCUCCGUAACGUUCGUUUUUCCAAAUAUGGAAUGUCUAUCCUUAUAUGGUGUUGUUUACAACUUUCGUGCAAACUAAGUUUAGACCAUGCAAACUAAAUUUAGACCGUACAGUUUAUACUGUUUUUCGAAAUAUAAGAUAUUGAAGCAAAAGUUUAAAUGUUUUAAAUUCUGUUUUCUCGAAACAGAACAUUUCGUGCUUUGAGAUAAGAUGGCCAAGACCAAUUUGAUCAGUUAAUGUGUUUUUUAUGCAUAGUGCUAGCAGUUGACAUAUAUAGAGCUCAGCGGAAUAAUAUAAAUUAUAGCAUCUGACCAAUGAGAAUUUCGCGUCACAGUUUGAGACGCAGAUAUUCAGCUUGAGAGCCUGUUCGCAGGCUAUGUCAACUUCAGUUAUACCAUUAUAGACCUUUCCGGUAAUUACGUCACAACUACACUGUUUUCAACAUACGGACGACCUUAAAUGGAAUAGAUUUCAAGUUUGUUUCUCACAGGCUGUGAUCAGAGAAGCAGAACAUCCUUUGUCAACACAUGCAUAAAAAAGAAUUUUGGAUUUUGACUAUUAAAUGUGGAAAUAAGCUUAUUUCCACAUUUUUUUGUCAAAAUCCAAAAUUCUUUUUAACGCGUGUGUUGAAGAAGGAUGUUGUGCUUCUCUGACCACAGCCCGUGAGAAACAAACUUAAAAUAUAUUCCAUUUAAGGUGGUCCUAAGUUGAAAACAGUGUUAGUCGUGUUCACUUGACAAAAGUGUCGCUUGCCUAUUGUCGAUUUCAGAUUACUUUUCAGAGCGCAGUUCCCAAGUUUCCCAAUUACGUUUCCAAAUUCGGAAGUUGGGCAGGAACUUUGCAACGAAGUUCGCAAGUUCAUUUCAAAGUUUGAACUUCGAUUGUCAACAAAUGUAAAAAUUUCAUUUAUAAAUUUAUUUAAAAAGGCAUUUUCGUCUUGGGAGACCACUGGACCAAUACUUUACUGCAGUACACGGGCAAAAAAACGCUCAGGUUGAUGCAAUAUUGACGAAAACAGGAUUGAACAAUGCUUUGCUGCCCACAUUGUUCACAGUUGUCAACAGUAUUGAACAAUGUUGUUACACCCGAUUCAGGCUCAACAAUAUUGUUCAAUAUUGUUGACAAGUGUUAACAAUGUGGGCAGCAAAACAUUGUUCGGCAGGCUUGGCGUUUUUUGCUGUGUAAUAUGUGCAUAGGGUGUCUUAUACAGUAAUUUCAACUCCAACUAUGAACAUUUGUUUACAAUCAAAGUUCGAACUUUGAAAUGAACUUGCGAACUUCGUUGCGAAGUUCACGCCCAGAAAGUUCACGCCCAACUUCCGAACUUGACAACGUAAUUGGCAAGUUUUUGGGAACAGCGUGUUGAAAAGUUACCUGAAAUCGACAAUAACUCACAAAUAAAUCUUGAGCAAGGUCUGUGCACAUCCUUGGUCCAGAGUGUUGUGAUGUUUCGUGUAAUAGAAAAUAAACCUACACAGAAAACUUGCAGUAAUUUUAUUUAGCAAAUAGGCAUAUAUACACAUGUUUAUAAGAUUUCAACUGUAAUAAUUCCACGCUACUGUUUUGAAUCCUGUGUCGACUCCCAGUCUAUAUCAAACUUGCUGUUUUUUAGAGUAAAAACACUGAGCUUACUUCCACCAAAGCGAUCAGGCUCGUCCCAGGCUGACGAGCAAUCAAACCUGUUAAAAUAGCUGAUCUGUUUUGCCUUUCUACGGAGGGCCUUCAUCCUUCUAUACCGUCUCACAAAUAGACACAACGCUAUACAAAUGAUUAUAAAAAGUAAUACCCCUCCCCCAGCAAUCAAGCCAACAUACAAUUUUGUCUGUUUUGUAUUGUCAGACUUGUCACUUUCUGUAGUUGUUCUCAAAGUUGGCUUUGCUUUUGAGCUUGUUGUUACUGGCGUAACCGUUGCGCAACCCAGAGUUGUAAUAAACGCAGAUCCUUGCGUCGUGCAUAUUACAGCUACUAAAUUUUCAUUAUACAUAUACGUUGCGUUGUGAGUCCUUUUUUCGUGACGCGCAAUGAUCCAAGUUGUUGUCGCAUUCAAUGCUAAUGUUGGUGCGCUACCCAAAUGACUUGUUUCCGCAACAAGUGUGUUAUUGCGCAACAAUGGUGUUGCGCUAAAGUGCUUCAGAGGCGUGAGUUUACUUGUCGCAACCAAACUCCCUGCAUGGCGUGUCCCCACUACUGUCGGAGUUAUGAAAAUCGUCGAGCAAUUCACCACCACGCUCUGAGGACAAGAAUUCCAAACUUCUGUCGCACUUCGCGAGGGUGUAAUGGGAUUUUGUACAGUUCUUGUGAGCGGUGGCGUGAUCAGAUCAGAAGCUAUGACAGUCUUGCGAUAAUAUGUCGAGAAUGCGGUAGUGGAAUUCUCUAAAAUAUUUCGCCUCUUCCUCACAAGGAUUUUACCAAACACUCCAUCUUUCCUGCGCGAUGAUUCGUCCCUUUCCUCCCGUCCGAUCGAGCCAUCCCGUUCACUACAAAUAAAAACAUUCGAAUAUUUUGUGCCUAAUUUAGUUCGCCAUCCCAGAGCUUCAGCAUUAAAACCAUUUGAUCUUCUCGAGGCCAUAAAAAUCGCAUUCCUAAUGAGGCCUGAGCUAUUUAUAAAAUAUACAGGAUGUUUUGUAGAAAUUUUUCUGAAUUUUAUUGAAGUACCAUUUAUAGGGUGUCUUUCUUCUUCAUUAGGGAAAAUACAAUGAAUUUCGGAUCCAGAAUAUUUGACGCGAGAAAUGUCGCAAUUUCGGCUUGUUAAGUGUACAUAAACAUAAUUUCUUGUGGUAUUCAAUAUUGUUAGUACACAUCGCUUUCCUCUAGCCUGUCCAAUCAUUGCUUUUAUCCAACAUUUUAAAUCGGAGGUCUUUUUCACAACGUUCGUUCCAAGCCAUGGAUCGUGUUUAGACACGGCGCGACAAAUAAAACUCUUGUUGCCGACAUGAAAAUUCAAACAAAGCCCAUUUGGAGGCCAUUUGGAAAGAACAAAUAUUAUUACCGUCCAAGAAGUCACGUUCAUAUUAACAACUUGAUACUACCCAUGGAAACUCGAAGUCGUUCACCUGAUCCCUGCUCGCAGACGCGUCCAAAUUGCGCGGUGCUCCAUAGAUUAUGGCUAAAACUAUUAAUUUCGAUACAAAACCUGCCAAAAUGGUUUAGAAUAUUUUACAAAUGAUAAUUCUUAUAUCGGAUCGAAUUACUUGACGGUGGCUUAAUUAAUAAAUCCAAAAUUCGGAAAUACGAUUAAUUGCAGUAUAGGUUUACCAACCAGGAAAUAGUUAUGCCAAUGUGAGCUUGUUUUUGGUGAAAGUAUUACG